AUGACUGACUCCACGCCGCGCAAGCGUUCGCGCGCCGCCUGCAUAUCCUGCCAGGCGCGCAAGCGUAAAUGCUCCGGCGACCAGCCCUGCUCGACUUGCGCCCAGUCUGGCGUUGAAUGUAUCUACAGCGCCGUGCCUAAGAAGCGCGCCCGAUCGAGCAGUCUGUACCGUCCAAGUCUCUCUGCGCCCGACGAACAACGACCAGCCCUGAAUGGCUAUUCUGCACUUCAGCAGCCUCGCGUAAAAGGCGAAACUUACGCGCUCGAGGCCAAUUCCGGCGCCGCGUUUGUGCGAAAGCUAGGGCUGCGAAUUGACCCGGCCCACGCACCGCGACUGCAUCUUUUCGCAUGGAACGUCGGCGAGCGACGGCGGUCGCCCGGAGUGUCCGACUCGGCGCCGACACCGUCGAUCAUCACCAAGAUUGUUUCACAAGAAGAGAUGCAGCGCUUGACCGGGAUCUUCUUCGACAAAAUCCAUUCAUGCUACAACUUCUUGGAAAAGGAGACUGUCUCCGCAAUGAUCGCCAAGCGCUGGUCCAUUGACCCGCCAGAUCAAUCUUAUGAUGCGGUAUUAUGCGGCGUUGCAGCCUUGGGACACCUCUUUUCACAACGCGAGAUAGUGUCAACAGAACUACAGCUCGUGGAGACAGCGCGUCUCCUCUUGGAGAAGAGCGUCUUGUCCGCCGAGACCCCUUCUGUGGAUACAGUAUCAGGCUGGGUCCUGCGCGCCGCGUAUCUGCGCAUGACAGCCUCUCCGCAUGCAGCCUGGAUGGCCAGUUGCACGCUGAUGCAUCUCGUCGAAGCCGCCGGUUUGCACCUCGAACCCCAGGACCGCGAGGCAGCAGGACUCCUCCCCACUCGCCCCAAUGGCGACGGCACCACCUCCAGCAACCAAGACACCCGCCGGCGGCUGUUCGGCAUGGCACGACACCUCAACACCUGGAUCUCAUUUGACCUCGGCCGCUCGCGCGUCGUCCUCCACGGCGCCACGGCUCUCCCCCAAACCCCCGCGGCCCGCCAAUGGCAGCACCCCAAGGCGCACGCGCAGACCUCUUCCAUCUCCUCCCUCUCUCCGAAAGCCUCGACCCAACCGGCCCAGCACCGCAGGAUCUCCCAGAACUCGAAACAGCCCUCACCGCGGUGCUUGAUCUCGUCUACCCCGGCCCAUCUGCAAUGCAACCUAAUGCUCUGCAUCUACCGGCGCCUACGUGCUCUGAACGCCCACGCACUAUUAUCCGGUCAAUUACUUGACCGCGUACUCGGACUAGCUGGGCGUGCCCUCCACGCAGCGAGGGGCAUGGUCGCCUCCAACUGUCCGUGGCACCAGGUUGCCAACGUUCCCUUCCAGAUUGUCUGCACACUGCUGGCCAUUGAUAACCGUGCAGCUCUCGAUCUUCUUCCCGAUGCGAUGCGCACCCUCCGCGAGGUUCUAGCUGCUUACGACACACCGGUCAUGCGCGAGGCUUACUCGACUGCUUACCUGCUGAUCGCCAUGCAUCAGCGACGCAAGGAAGACGAUACGCGUGCUUUAGCGGAGGUGUUGCGCGUUAAUGCUGCCGCUGCGGCUCCGGCUCCUACCGCAACAAAUGGUAACGCUACGGCAAACGAGGAUUUAUCCCGUGAACCGACUGCGCAGCCUCAGCCUCAACUACCUCAGCCGCCGCCCCAGAUACCCGAGCCCAAUGGCCCGGUCUCUGAUGCAGAGCUCUCCUGGUUGGGCGAUCUGGUUAUCGAUAUGCCCAGUCUCCAGAACUUCGAUCUGGAUCAGUUCCUCCUGACGGACGUGCCCUGGCCACUGCCUGAGAUGGGCAUUUAG